GACGGCAGCUCCAACGAGUGCAAGAGCCGGGGCUUCGGGACGGCCGUGGGCCGUCGGCACCGGCUGCUGACUUUGGCGCUGGGCAACGGCUGCGAGCUGGGAUUCAGGCGGCGUCGGACUGGGGAGGUGGUGUACUUCCCCCAGGCCAACGGCACGCUGACAUUGCUGGGCUGUGACGUGAAGGCCAAGUGGCAGAUGGGUGAGGCCAAAGUGCCUCAGGGUGUCCUGCUAUAUGUAUGGGGCCCCAGCAGCCGAGCAGAGGAGGAGGAGGUGCUGGCGGAGACGGUGGCCGCAGCAACCAAGGAGGGCCCCUGCCGAGACUUCCGUUUCGGCCGCUGCACCUAUGGCGAGAACUGCAAGUUCUCCCAUGGGGAGGAGGAGAACCCCCCGCGGGAGACCGGUCAGGAGGUGACCGUCUGGCCGGCCAGGCCCUCCAUGCGGGUCAUCACGGUGCCAGCAUCCAGGCGCUACGCCGGCCCCGUGAAGCACGAUGACGUGGUGAUUGUGCCUGAGUUCUUCUGCAAAGAGGAGGAUUGGGAGACCUACUACGCCCUGAUUCAGGAGAUGCGCCAGAGCCAAGCGAAUGGAGACCGCAAGGCGGAAUGGAUCUCCUGGCACGAGGGCGCUCACUUGCUGAGCCAAAAUCCAAGUGGCUCCAGAACCUACAACAAGGUCUUGGAGCGAAUGUGCGAGUACUUCAAGGCAGCAGAAGGCAAUCGCGGCACCCGCUUCAACUGGUACAGAGAUGGAUCUGAUUGGAAACCUUUUCACCACGACUCGGCGGCCUUCAAUGAGCAAAGGGCCGCAACUCAGAACUGCACCAUUGGCAUCUCCUUCGGGGCAUCGAGGGAGCUGGCCUUUCGGCAUGCGAAGACCGGGGAGCUCAUCUACUUCCCUCAGAAGAAUGGCAUGCUGUUCUACUUCGGCCGGGAUGCGAACAUCGUUUGGCAGCAUGGCAUUAAUUCGCUUCCAGAAGGAGAUCAAGAUGGUAAAGGGCGAAUCUCCAUCAUCCUUUGGUGCUUGUGCCAGUUGUGUGUUGAGAGCCAGCAGCAGCUACACCUGGACAGCCGCGGCCGCCUGGCCAGCUCUGGCCAGGGCACGUGGAGGAGCCACCAGCCGCUGUUUCCGGUCAAGUAUGAGUUUGAUGUGUCCGACUUGAAGGAGGGCGAGGGCCUGACCAUCGUCUUUGACAAGACGGUCCAGUCGUUGAUGGUGCAGAAAGGAAUCCUGCCCCAGGGCGGUGUGGCUUGGGGGACCUUCUCCGACGAGAUCCAGCGCUCGGGAUGGUCUGAGCUGCACAUGCAAACCGCCGAUGACCAGAACAUCGCAAACGACGUGAAGAUGUACGCCGCGGGCUAUCUGGAGGGCUUGCUGACCUGCGUCCGCAUCUCCGAGUUCUAUUCCAAUAGCCAGAAGCUUCUCCUCUCCAAGGAGCAAACUGCCGGUGCCAUGCCGGCAAUCCGGAAGCUCUUCCGGGAUCAGCUCGCACAUGCGCGUGCGAUGACAAACAUGGAGUACCACAUCUUCUCAGAAGAGCCCGCAGACCCCUACUGGAAGCAGGUGCGCUAUACGUUCUUCCAGAUGUGGGGUGUCCUCGACGGCUACAACGCCGCGUCCUUGCGCUUCGGCGGGGAGACCUUGGAGCUGGACGAUAUGCUCCUCAUCAACGCUGGCGGCGAGCUGCCGCAGCUCUUGCAGGCGUACGCUCCAGAGAGUCGAGAGCAUCGUGCUGCUCGGUCUCAGGCACCUUCCUUCCUCCAGCAGCGCAGCAAGUCGCGCUCUCAGGAUCCCCUGGAUGAUGCCCACUGGGAGCGGCGUGUGGUAGAGAGCGGCCGCUGCUCGGCUCUGGUGCGCCUGGCGGACGGGGACAUGGAUUUGCUGAUGGGUCACACCACCUGGGAUGACUACAGCAAGAUGACGCGCAUUUUCAAGUUCUACAACUUCUCCCUGCCAGCAGCGGAGACCGCUGCCACGCGCAUGUCCUUCUCGUCCUACCCCGGUGCCGUGACCAGCACGGACGACUUCUACGAGCUGAACAGCGGCCUCGUGGCCAUGGAAACCUCCCUUGUGCUGCUGGACCCCAAUGCCUGGGACAAGGUCCUGGACUUCCCCCGAUUCCUGAGCGUCCCGAACUUCAUGCACUUGAUGGCAGUGAACCGCCUGGCCAAGACAGCGGCGGACUGGGUUCAGCUCUUCUCCAAAACCAACACAGGGACCUUUGCAGCGCAGUGGAUGGUUGCCGACUACAAUCUGUUUGAGAGCGGCAAGCCUUUGCCGGACGGCGCUUUCUGGGUGGCAGAGAUGAUCCCUGGCGUGUCCGAGAUCAGGGACAUGAGCGCACAUCUUCGGCAGCACAGGUACUGGGCCUCCUUCAACCGGCCCUUCUUCGGCAAAACUAGGGAGCUGUCUGGUUUUAACGCCGCUGAGCGUACACAUGGUGCGUUGUAUUCUUACAAUGGCAACCCUCGGUCUGUGGCGUUCCAGCUGGCGGCACCUGGAGUCAACGCUUUGCAGGAUAUGCGCCGUGUCAUGAACCAGAACACGUACCCAUCUAGCGCUCCUCCGAACGAUCCAGGGCAUCAGAUCUCGGCCCGCAUGGACCUGAGCGCGGUGCUGAAGCUCCCCAACGGCGGCAUCGACGCCAAGGUAGUGAACCGGUGCCUGCUGAAGAAGCUUCAAGCGCAGGCGAUCAGUGGACCCAGUCACCAGGUGCAGAAGCCUUUCCAGUGGAAUGCGGAUGAUGGGGCAGAGCUGUGGCCGGGCUUCCCUCAUGCGGGCUUGCCAAAUGUCUGGAGCUUCGACUUUGUGCAAGUGACGCAAUUCGGCCAAACUCAGCUGAUGGACGAAAGCGACUGCUGAUGAUUGGGCUGGUACCAUGCUUAACUGCAUGAACGACCUCUGGCUCCGGUUGGAAACUACGCUCAAGUGGCUUGCUUCGAGAAGUUGUUUGACUGUUUGCGAGUGCCAACUGUGUCCCUGGCCGAUGUCUCACUUCCCGCGCAGGAUAUCGCAGUUGCUGGGGAGAAAAUCGCUUGCAGCUCGUAGCGUUUUCCG